AUGCCUCUAUUUAAGGCUAAGGGUAAGGAUUGCAAAUUGGCUUUCGACUCAAAGGACAAUAUUGUUGCAAGUGGCACAAUUGUUGACAUCAAUGUGCCUCAACAGCUGCUUCAUAAUGUUCCUUUAGGAGAGGGAAAUAUAAAAGUCUUUGUUAAUUAUGCCAUAAAUGGAGCUUCUCCACUACCAAUGCCAGUGAAAGGAGUGUUGAAUACUGUUGAGGAUGCUGUUGGGUCUCAAGUAGCUUGGCCAGAGGAUCUUAUAGUUUUUAUAGAUGAUAUAUGCUUCAUUCAAAUGAAUGAAAUAGGACAAGCUUUGGUAAAAGACCAAGAAUGGGAACCAAUGAUUGUAUUUAUGGACCCAAGUCUUACCUUUCAUGAUCUAAAGUCACCGGAUGAGGCAUGGAGGGUUCAAUACAUUGUGAAAGCUUUGAACCAAGUUAGUAUUGACAGCUUCUUUUUUAUCCCAUACAAUCCUGGGGGUCAUUGGAUCCUUACAAUCAUUGACGAAGAGAAAGACAAUAUGUAUAUCAUGGAUCCUCUUGGGGCUCGUCACCCUCAUGAUGUGUGGAAACGUAUUAUAAACGCUGGAAUUAAACAAUUCAAUGCUGAAAAAGGGAGAGGCUUGCGUAGACCACCAACAUGGAUUAUACUUUCGGGUCCUUCUAAACAAGCUGAUGGAAAGACGUGUGUAUGCAAGAAAUGGGAAAAAGAAGGCGUUUUACAGCCAAAUGGAAUUGGAGAAGGUUCGAGAUGA